AUGAAGCUCAAGUUUCUGCUGUCCCUUCUCUUCCUCGUUGAGCCAUCCAUCUCAGCGAGGAGAUCCGAAGCCGAGCAGCUUCGACAAUUCCUGAAGGCAGAUCGAGCGCUGGGGUCUCAUCAGCCACAUGCUCAGGCUCGGCGGUCGCCAGUCACCAAUAACGACGCGGGGGCUAAAGAGCGUCGAACGGAUCGCUGCCACCGAUUCCUGAACAAUAAAACCCAGCCAUUUGCCGUUGAUGGAUCCGGGAUCCCCGAAGUCAGGUUCAACAUCGGGGAAUCGUAUGCGGGCCUCUUGCCCGUGAGCAACAAAACAGAUGAACAGGACAGCCUUUAUUUCUGGUUCUUUCCCACUGUAAAUGAGAAGGCCAAGAAAAAGAAGGAAAUCAUCAUUUGGCUCAAUGGUGGGCCAGGCUGUUCAUCACUCCUGGGACUUCUCCAGGAGAACGGUCCGUUCAUCUGGCAGCCUGGUAUGCCCGAGCCUGUGAGAAACCCAUGGAGCUGGCACCUGCUGUCCAACAUCGUCUACAUCGAACAGCCCGUGGGGACAGGCUUCGCCAAAGGCACCCCGACAGUGGAGAACGAGGACGAUGUCGCAAGGCAGUUUUUGGGCUUCUGGAGGAACUUUAUCGACACGUUCGGGAUGCAGGGCUACAAGGUGUACAUUGUGGCCGAGUCAUACGGUGGCAUGUUCGGGCCGUAUAUCUCCAGUCACAUGCUCAACGCAAACGAUACAACCUACUCCAACCUCCAAGGACUCAUGAUAUACGACGGGCUCAUGUUCAACCAGAUGGUUCAAUAUUAUGUGGCGACGGAGAAUUUUCUUGAUGAAAGCAGAGUGGUCAUGCCCCUCGCCGACAAGGACAUGGCCUACAUUCGCAAUUUGUCGGAGAGUUGCGGCUUUAGGGACUACAUCAGCACAUAUCUUACCUUUCCGCCCCCCAGACCAGCGCCCAUACACCCUUCCUGGUCGGAGAAAGGGUCCGAUGGGGCUUGGAAGAACAAAGAGGGCUGCGACAAAGUGUGGGACCUGGCAUAUCACCGUAUGUUUGAGCUCAAUCCCUGCUUCAACGUUUACAGCGUUGGAGAGGGUUGCCCGCCCCUCGCCGAUCCACUUACUUUGGAAACCCCCUACUUCGACCGCAAAGAUGUCAAGAUGGCCAUUCACGCACCCCUGGAUGUCACCUGGUCCCUUUGCACCGACCGCACCAUCUUUCCACAUGGUGAUGCUUCAUCUGAUCCUGGGCAACGAGAGCUGCCCCAGGUAAUUGACGCCACCAAGAAUGUCAUUAUCGUGCAGGGUGGGGUGGACUUCACCCUCCUCCCUUUGGGAACUCUGCUAGGCAUCCAGAAUAUGACCUGGGGAGGUAAGCAGGGAUUUCAAACGCGGCCGACGGAUCCAUUCUACGUUCCGAAAUACUACAAGGGCGAGUUUAGCGACAGACCCGAUUACGCGAACACAUCGUACGCCAACGAGGUUCCUGCAGGAGUUGGAGUCAUGGGCACGACACACCACGAGCGUGGCCUCAUAUUUGUAGCAACCCAGCUGGCGGGCCACGAGGGACCGCAAUAUGCUCCCGCAGCGGCGCUCCGGCACAUCGAGAAGCUUCUGGGAAGGGUACACAGCCUGAGCGACACACAGCCCUUUACGCUGCCGGAGCUGGUCAACGUCACACAGCAUGAGAAGCCGUUGGGCAAGGGGACCUUCCUGUUUCCGUGCUUCGGAAAGGGCUGCUGA